AUAAAAUAAAAUAUGUUCAGAAAUUUAUAUAUAACUCAAACCUAAUCCUCCCCCAAACAUAGAUAAGAAAACAUGGCUGCUACCAGAGUUGGCAACAUGGCUCUUCUCCUCGUAUUAUUUGGCGUUGUGUUGCUGGGGAACAAUAUGGCUCACGGAAUUGUUAGGCCUUGCCCUCUGAUCUGCUUGGGUGCGGAUUACAUGACCUGCACAUCUUCUGGUGCCGAGAAGCUUAGCCCAAGCUGCAACUGUUGCAUGGCCCCGAAAGACUGCACUCUUCACUUUGCUGAUGGAACUUCGGAUUACUGUGGAAAUUGAUAAUGUCAGUUUGACAUGCCUUAGAAGAUUGUAACUGCUUCUAUUCAAUAAUAGUCUGUGUAUAGACUGUAUAAAAGUUCUUCUAAGACUAGAUUAUACAUUAUAUAGCCGCCUAGGGUUUAGGUCCAAAUUCUCAUACCAUGUUACAAUAUAUGAGAAUACUAGAAUAAUAUUAUAUUGAAACUGAUUACCAUGAUUAGGAUCCUAACCCUAAUUGGGCUAUAUAAUAUAUAAUCUAAUAUUAACACUCCAAACAAAGUUUUUGGGUGUAAGAGCAUUUUUCACUGCUA